UCUUUUAUUUUGUAUUUGUACUUUCGGAAUUGCAGUCUGUAACGUAAUAAUUUCUUUUUCACAUUAUAAAUAAAUUUAAAAUGUCUUAUAAACGUAAAUUAGAAGCACUCGGUUACAUGAAGAUAGAUGACUUCAAUGUCUUUUGUGACGAGGAUUUUCGUUCAUUGGUAGUUUGGUUAGAAGACCAAGUUAUUCGACAAUAUCCCAUAGAAGAUCGUGCUCCUCUACGUAAAAUCGGAUCGCCGGAUUGGGAAGAUGCAUUUAAAACGUAUCUUAAUGCUGUUUCUUGUCCGUUUUCUGAUAGGGAAGAAGUAGCUGAUUGGCUUUUGGGUUUGGCUGUUCGAUUAGAAUAUGGUGAUAAUGUUGAAAAAUACAAAACCAUUACUGCAGAAAGUGUAAAUCAAGCUGCUACUAGUGUGCCACAGGUGAAAGCAAAAAAUCCAUUAGAUAAUAUGGAUUUUGAAAGUGCAGAGUUUAAAGGACAUGUUAAAUCAUUAGCACAAGUUCUUGGCGUGUCUCCUCAUCCAGAUCACCUAGAAACACUGAGUGCUUGCUGUACUGUGAUUCAACAGUCUUUCUCUAAGGAAGCUCUUGAAAAGAGAAAAAAUGCAAAGAAAGGAAAAUCUUCGUCAAUGAUGGACGCACCUCUAGGUUUUGAAACUAAUGAUCCCGUUUUGGACAAAGCAGCCAAAAUAUUAAGACUGUGCUUCAUUCAUGACUUACGUGAUCUUCAGACCAAAAUUAAUGAAAUUAUUGUUUCUGUGCAGAGUAUCACUGCAAAUCCCAAGACAGAUACACGUCUGGGAAAAGUUGGAAGAUAAGAAAUGAACGGUAUUCUUGAUUCAGUCUGUGAAUUGAGAAGUUUAUUGUAUAUUAUCAAUAAAAACUUAUUAAUUA